GAGACGCGAGGGAACAAGGCUGCGAGAGGGAGGGCAGAUAACUGAGGGCGACCAAAGUGGGGGAGUGUCGGAUGGCGGCUGCGCUGCGAUAAUCCUGGCGUACGGUGCUAUUUAUACUGCGGUGUGGGGGCAGCAGGGGGUGGGGGCGUCCCUCCUGCACGCGGACGCAACGGCUGGAGGACAAACACAAACGCAGCGGUGCUCUCCCUGGUUCCGAGCUGUGAACCCAGAGGAGCCGCAGUGCUGGGGCUUUAAGAGGAGAGUGAGACAACGCGAUUUGGCACCACGCACCUGGACGAAGGGCCCCUGGGGGCUGUAGGACGGCUGUAGGACGGCUGUAGGACGGCUGUAGGACGGCUGGAGGACGGCCCGUGUCCUGUGUGUGACUUUCCCUCUGAGCACCCUGAGUGGCCAUAGGACCACGGAAAGAAGAUGUCCAACGGCGGAGAGGCUGCAGGUCCGGUGUCCAGCACCACCAUCAGCACCAUGGCCGUGCGGGGAGGUGCCGCACUCAUCACCGUUACCAUCCUCAAGAGUGGGACUCGGAUGCAACUGCAGCUGGCCGAGUCGGACCCGAACCUGCUGGAGAUCGGCGGCAACGUGGACGAAACGCUGAGACUGCUGAGGGACCACGAGCAGCUGCUCAGCAAGCUCAAGAAACAUGACGGGGGCAUGUGGGGCCUGCUGGAGCAGGCCGACAAGGCCACAGCACAGUGUGCACAGCUGCAUGGGGAGGUGCACAAGGCCAUGGCGCGCACACUGAGCGAUGCAUGGAGCACCCUCAUUGUGCUCCUGGAGAGACGUGUGGAGCUUCUGCGGCUUGCCUCAGAGUUCUUCGCUUGUGCCCACGAGUUUGCUGUUCGGAUAGAUGAAGCGGAGGACUUCCAGCGAGACAUGGAGGAGGUCACCACCAUGGCGUGCGAGGAAGCGGUGCUCCUGAAACACUGCUGCAUCAAACGAGGGCUCCUGGAGAAGUCCAUGUCGGUGAUGAACAAAAGUCAGGAGCUGCUGGACGUCCUGCGGGGCUUCGGGGCAGAGCCAGCCUUGCCCAGGUCGGCCGCUGCCCAGGGCACGCGCACCAGCUGCGGGCGAGUCGAAUGUCUGAUGGAGGUCCUGCAGGACCGGCGCCGACACGUGGAUGAGCGCCUGACGCAGCGCAGCCUCCGUUUAAAGGGCCUCCUUCGCAUCUCCCAGUGGAAAGAGCGGAAGCAGGAAGUGCUGCAGUGGUUUAAGGACAACGCUGAGGUUUACUUCCAGAAAGACCAACUGGGCUCCACUUUGACGGAAAACGAAGAACUGCUGGAGGCGUGCAAGGACUUCGCGCUCAAGGCCAGGGACUGGAGCUCGCAGGUGGAGAAGCUGCUGCUCGAGGCUUCUGGGGUCACAGUCGUGCCGGACGCGGUGGACGCAAAGCAACUAGCUGAGAAGAGUCUCGAGCUGAAGGCCCUCCGAGAUGAGCUGUGGCGCCUCCUGGUGGCUCGGCAGGAAGACCUGCAGGAGGGUCACGCCUUCUUCAGUGCCGCCAACCAGGCCUUCGAGGCGCUGGCGGCUCUUGGGGCCGAGCUGCACGUGCCGCGUUCCCAGGCUGUGGCUCUGCCCCAGCUGGCCCGUCGGCACGAGGACCUCGGGCGUUCUGCCAGGGAGUCCGUCUCGGAGCCGCUGCGGCUCGGCCGGCUGCUGCUUCAGAGGCUCCGCCCACACAGUGCCCAGGUGGGCGGGGUGCAGCGGAUGCUGGGAUACCUGCAGGAGCGGGCGGAGUCACUGAGUGGGGAGUGCCAUGCCCACAGGGAGCUGGCCGAGAGGAAGCGGAAACUGGUGUCCUCCAUAGAGGACCUGCUGGACAAGGUCUCCACGUGGCUGAAGGGCACCAGCACCGCCCUCUGCGGCAACGUGGAACUGGGAUCGGCCCUGUCCCAGUCCGAGGACAUGCUGAACAAACACCUGGAGCUCUCUGCCCAAGCACAGGACAUGGCGGGGGAGCUGAGCGCUGCAGUUGAGCUUGUGACCCAGCUGGAGGAGCUAGAGUCGGUGGAGGCAGCGCAGUUCUCCGGCCGGAGUGGCCUGUUGCGCGAGGAGCUGAGAGCACUCUCCCGGAGCCUGGCGGAACGGGUCAAGACCCUUCGGGCAUACGUGUGCUUUCUGCGCACGGCCGAGGAGGUGGACGAACGCAUGCAGAGCCUCCAGCAGGGCUACAGGGAGCGGCCCCAGGACGAGGUCUGUGAGGAGGAGAGCGAGUGCCGCUGGCAGGGCCUGCUGGAGCGCUUCCUCACUAUGCAGGACCAGGGCCACGGCUUCAUCCGCUCCAGCACCAUGGUCAGUAAGAGUCUCGGCCUGGAUGUGACGGCAGCUGUGGGCGUGGUGGAGAAGGCCAUGGCGCAUCUCAGCAAGAAGAAAGCUGCUCUCAUGGACCUGUGGGUAUCCUGGCAGCUCCAGGUGAGCCACAUCAAGUCAGUCAAGAAGCAGUGGAAGAAGUUCAAGGAGCACCUUAAGAAGACUGUCCACGACCUGGAGGCCAUGGGGGAGGUUCUUGCUCCCGUUUCCAGCGCUGAUCUGGGAAGUGAUCUUGUGACCGUGACCAAACUGCAGGAGAAUUUCCAGCGUGUAAAACCUCACCUUAUGCAACUGAAUGCAGAGGUGGAAUACCUGGUGAAGAUUUCAGAGCUGUUCACACAGAGAGGAAUUCCGGUGAAGGAGAAAAGCGAGAAGGUGGCAGAGCUUCUCCACGUGCACCAGGGCGUGAAAGAGAAAGCGAAGGAAUGCGAGAACAUCCUCGGUACGGCGGUUAGGUUCCACCAGGUGUACGACGAGCUGGAGAACAUGCUGUUGUCGACCUCGGCGAGCCCGCUGCCCGGCACAAGCCACGCCCACCUCCAGCUCACGCAGCACCAGGAGAGGCGGAGCCACGCGCAUCACCUGUACCAGCUGGCCAUUACCCUGGGUGCCGAGGUCACAAAUGCCGUGCGCCAGGCGCAUGCCCUGGGCUUCUCAGUGCAGCGGCUGCAGGGGAGGCUGGAGAGGCUGCAGCGGGAGAGCGAGGGCUGGUGGGCCGAGGCCGAGCGCCGUGAGGAGAACCUGCUCAGCAAUGUCCACCACUGCCUGUUCAAGGAGGAACUCCACGAGCUCAGAGAGUCGUUCAAGGAGCUCAAGAAGAAAUUCAACAACUUGAAGUUCAGUUAUGUGAAAAGGAAUGAGAAGGCGAGGAACCUGAAGGCUGUCAAGAACCAGAUCCAGCAGAUGGAGCUUUAUGUGGAGAAGCUGCAGGUUUUACAGAAGAAGGUGCAGACCUUCGCCUUGAAGGUGUCCACCAGCACUGAGAAGCAGCUUGUGGGCGGUGGCCCGAGGGAGAUGGAGGAUGCGGUGAAUGAGCUCCGGCGCCAGCUGGGUGACCUGGGCAAGGCCCUGGAGGAAUACAAGCAGAGCCUGGAGAGGACUGCGCGGCUGCAGCAGGCUGUGGACGAGUUCCAGUUUUGGUGCGAUGAGCUGAGCUCCACCAUCGUGCGUGUCGGCAAGUUCUCCUCCGAGUGCGGCACCAAGGAGGCCGUGGCUGUUCUCUACAGGCAGUUUGAGAAGUUUGUGUGGCCAAUGGUCCCCCAGCAGGAGGAGAGGAUCCAGCAGAUCACAGAAGUGGCGCUUCGCCUGCAUGGUCCAGAGGAGGGCAAGAAGUUUGUGGAGAAAACCACCGCCAGGCACAACGAGAUCGUGGAAUCCAUCAAGGAGCUCUGCAGUGGCCUGUUGGACCUGGAGGCCAAACUACCGGCAAGAGAUGUGAAAGAGCCCUUAAAGACGAAUCCCUGCCAAGCUGAGACUCCAGACAAUAAACCAGAACGUACAAUAAUGAUGAUCGAAGGGGAUGCUGAGGAAUCUGGGGAAACGAGCGAGCUCAAGGAGUCUGGACACACUCCAGAGAACAUGGCCCCGGGCUAUGAGAAGGAGGCUCCGUCACGGCAGGUCCUGGAACAAAACCACACCCUGCCGGAAGCGCGCUGGGAGACCGAUCAGCUAGCGUCCAAGCUGCAUUCCUCCCUCUCCGGCACAAAGACCAUCGGCACGUCCAGCUCUCCCACGGACAAGUUCCGGAGGAUCCUUGUUCUGCAGGAGACACAGGGUUGCCCAAGGACCUCUGAUAUCCAGAGGGCUUCCCAAGAGAAUGUGCAGGCCAAGGGAGGCUUCCAGGAGGCAUCUGCAACCACACAAGGAGCUGUUCCACACUCAGCGAAUGAAGAUGCUGCCUCUCGUGAUGCAUCAGAGCUCUUGGAGCCCACUGAGAUGGAGGCAGACCCCAUGAUGUGUGACCUGCAGCAUGACCUCGUCACCGAGGAGUCGCUGUCCAAUGAUGAGUAUGAGUGCACGUCACCAGACGAUAUCUCACUGCCCCCACUGUCCGAAACACCCGAGUCCAACGUUGUCCAGUUGGAGAAUGACCUCGACGACAGCUUCUGCCCCAGCUCCCACAGCCAGCCAGCCCCGAGCUAUGGCCAGCAGGCACUGGGCGAAGGACCGCCAGCUGCCAGGUUCAGGGUGGAAUCCUCCUCAUUUGUGCGCAGCCCCCUGACCGUGCCCACCCCAGGGCUGGUCUCCAGCACACUCUCCAGCAUCCUAAAGAGCAAGCUGCCCCCGGCCCCACUCACUGCCCUGCCCCCUGCCCCCCAUGACAGCCUCCAAGAGAGACUGUACUCCGUGCACGAAAGCUUCACCCAGACCCAGGAGUGUGUGCAUGAGGCGGGCCCAUCUGCCACGUUACCCCGGCCCAGUAACACGCAUGCCACCCCUCCCCCACUAACCACGAAGCUGGACCUGGAUCCAGGCCUCUGCAAGCCCACCGCUGUGCGGGAGGAGGUGCGGCUGCUAUCUGGGAGCAGGACCCCACCUGGGCUGCCUGGAAAGGCCCCUAGCUUCUCCAGACUGCUGUCUAGUGCCACGGUCACGGAGGGUUCCCCUGUGACCCUGGAGGUAGAAGUCGUGGGAUCUCCCGAGCCGACACUCACCUGGUACAGGAAUGGGCGGAAAGUGACCUCUGGCGAGCGCAUAGACGUGUCUCACAAAGACGGCAAGCACGCCUUGUUCAUUCGUGCUGUCGCCGAGGGUGAUGCAGGCCUCUACGUGGCUCGCGCAGUUAACGCGAGUGGCGCUCUGUCAUCUAGCGCCGCCCUGCAGGUUAAAGGUAAAAGCGAGCAUGAGCUCGCACCCGCGCUCCAACUGGACUGGCUCACCUGUUUCGGCACUUUGUGUUUCCUGCUCUGGCUCCUUUACUUACUGGUGUUGUAGCAUGGUAAAGGACACUACCUGUCACCUGGCCACGCCUUUGAGAACGGCUCUCACGGCUCACAGAAUAACAGCUCCUCCACGCUGUCAGUGCCCGGAAGCCCUCGAGAUGUUGCUCCAGAGAGACGUUCAGUGAAUCCUGCUCUGAGCGCUCGUGAUACACAAGGAAAGGGAUGUAAAAUGUUUAUCGUUUAUUUUACUGAACAUGUGUAUCAAAUAAGACAGGAUUUAUGAAAAUAUGGCUUAUUUAGAUUUAUGACAUGCCCAGGACUACGAGCAUUAUUUUUUAAUGUUACAUUUUCUUUUCAAAACAGUUGAUCUGAAAUAUUUUACAGUAACUAUAAGUAUGGACUAUAUGUUGGACAUAGAUCCAGGCAUUGUGGAAACUGAUUUUAUACAAGAAGUCACUAACAUAUAUUUCCUUUCAUAUGUGAGUAAAAGGGAGCAGACGCAAAGCCCUGGAGAUGCACUCAUACGUCUGUCUCCGUCCUGGUGGCUCCACCUGGUGUUGACAGCUUCCAGAGCUCAGUUUUUCCUUAAAAUAAAAUCAGCGUUGAUGAUAUUGCCGGUGUGUGCGUUCAUCUCUGCGCGUCAGUCAUCUCUGAGCAUCGGUCAUCUCCUACAAACACUGACACUGCUCCAGUCUUUUCUCGCACUAACAGCCACGUAUUCUUCGAUGAUGCAUGACAAGCAGCGAAGAUGAAAAGCAGUUCUGGGAAAGUGUGUCUUCCGCCAAUACACCCUGUCCCAAAUCAGCUGUCUGAGGCCAGGGGUCUUGGUCUCAGUGGCCCACGGAUCUCAUUCUCAGGUCUCACGUUCAGGUUCCUCCUCUUGACUGGCUCUCUGUUCUCACACUUCUGCAGCUCUGUCCUCCUUUGCUGAAGGAAAUUGUUCUCCGUUGUUUAUAUUAGACAACGAAUUUCACUGUGUUGGACCACGUCCAGCAACACAGCCGAGUUGUGCUGACCAGCAGCUACGCUAAAACAGCCCCCCGCCAGCCCAAUUAAGUUCUUUAGGGGGUGGGGUCACGGCCCGGGCAACUCACUCGAUGAAAGCGAUCCUCAGAUUAGCACCGUUUAUUCUCAGAAACUGUUCGGGGGACGCUCUCAAACCGAGUUCACCCUGACAAAAUGAGGGAGCGAUUGUAAUGAAAAGCUCCACGUGGGAAAGGAGAGCUCAGCCCGCACCUAAUUUGGAAAAGAAACUGUUUACGUUCAGAUUUUGGGGUUGAGGAGUCACCCAAAUGGAACCCAAGAGCAAAAUUAGCUUUUUCGCUAACGUGAUCAUGUUGGGGGGGCGCGGUGGCGCAGUGGGUUGGACCGGGUCCUGCUCUCCAGUGGGUCUGAG